AUGCGAAUGAUAUGUAAAAUUGAACUUCAAAUGAAUUUAACUCAUUUUCAAUAUGAUCUAUUAAAUCAAUUCAAAUCACUUGGACAAUUGCUUGCUCCAUUUGAAGAUGGUGGUAUUUUAAAUUAUUUAUUUGAACAAAUUACUAUUAAUAGUAGUAACAGUAGUAGUAUUGAUAGUAGUCUAUUACAUAAUGAUAUGACAUCGAUUUAUGAUAAUCAAUCAAUAAAAUUAUUAAAAUUGAUUGAAAUCAAUGAUAUAUUUACAUUUUUAAGUAAUACAAUUAAUUCUAUGUUAUUUCAUAGUAUACAAAAUAUAAAUGUCUAUAAUGUAUUAUUAAUGAAUCCAAAUGAAUUCAAUACAACAUUUAUAAAUAGUCAGAAACCAUUUGUAACUAGGAAAUUUAUUGUCAUGAUUCUUAUUGAAAUUUUAUUGAUUUUUAUUUGUUUUUUAUUAAGUAUGUGUUAUUUCAUUUUCUUAUAUCCACCUAAUUGUAUUCAACGGAAAUCAUCAUUGAAUUAUAUAAAAUAUUUAAAAAUUACACAAGUUUUAAGAGAUCCAAAGUAUAAGAAUGAUAUGAAUAAUUCUAAUAUAACUGAUAUGACAUCAGAUAGUUUAUCAAAUAAAUAUAUACAAAAUAAUGAAAUGUCAAGAUAUACUACUGAAUGGAUGUUGAGAAAUGAAGAAAAUAUUUCAAUCAAUUCAUCAGAUAUUUAUAUUAAUGAUCCAACAUACAAUCGUCAACUAUCUAAAAACACUUUAACAAAUUCUAUUAAUUCAUCAACAUUCACUAAUCAUAAUGAAAUACAACAACCAAUUCAAAAUCAAAUCCCUUCAUCAAUGAUGAUGAACUCAUUACAAUUCUCUAGUCAAUUGAAAGUAUAUCUUAUUUUAAAAAUAAUAGUCUAUAGUUUAAUUUGUAUAAAUAUAUUCCUGAGUAUAGUAUGUUUCUAUGCAAUGGAUAGUAGUUUUAUACAUUUUCAACCUAGAUUCAUAGAUAAUACAACAAAUCCAACUGUAAAAACAUUCAGAAAUUUAUUAAUGAAUGAAGUUGUAUAUAAAUUACCUGAAUAUUUACAAGAGAUUAUCACUCAAGGUCAAAUGUAUACAAAUCAAACAUUUGGAAUCAUUGAAAAAGAACUUGAUAAUCAGUUAUUGAUAACUACUGAAAAGAUAAUCCAAUCAUUGCUUGAAACAUAUCAACUAUCACCUGUGAUUGAAUCAGCUGAAUCGAUUUCUUAUAGUAUCAAUGAAACAGUAACAGCUAGUCAAAUUAUUAAUGUACAUCAGAAGACACUUCAACAAGAUAUGAACAGUUAUAUUGGUGAAUUACGUGGUUAUGCUAAUAUAUUGAAUAAAACAUUAGAUUCAAUAUGUGGAAAGUUGAAUGAAAAUACCUUAGAAAAAGUGACAUGUAAACAGUUACAAUUCAAUAAUUCAAUUUUAUUAAUCAAUGUUGAUACAAAAUUAUUUGAAUUUGAAUCCAGUUCAAUUUUGGUAUUUUUAAUGAAUGAUUUAAAUAUUAGUUUAAAUUCAAUAACUGAUCAAUUUAAUCGAAUUAAAAAUUUAUUAAAUUUAAAAAAAGAUGAAGUGAUUCAAAGUAUGAAAUCAACAUUCAAUUUGAAUGAUUACUUCAAUCUAUUUACAUCUAUAUGGAUAUUAUUACAACAUAAUAUUGUGGAUAAAUUAAAUUCAUAUUUAACUAUCAAUAAACAACAAGAAAUUGAUCAUUAUUUAAAAUUAAUUAGUUAUGUAAUAUCUAUCAUUGGUUAUGUAAUCAUUACAUUGAUAUUAAUGUUAAUUACAUUCUUCUUAAUUUAUUGUAUACUUUAUAUAGUUGAUAUUUAUAAUAGGAAUUUAUUUACUAAACAAAAUGGUAUAAAAUAUGAUUCAUCUCAAUUAUUUACUCUUCAAAUUCAAGGAGAAUUUCAUAAGAAAUUAUUUCUUCUUCAAUUAAAUCGUUCUAUCUAUUUACCUCAUAUUAUCAAUUAUAAACAUAUUCAGUAUCUAACUAUAACGGCUUUAAUCAUAAGUCUAUUAUUUAGUUUCAUUCUAUUUCUUCUUUAUAUGAUUUUACCAUUGUUAAUCUUAUUCGAUACAGAAUUAUGUCGUUAUCUGAAUACAGAUUCUGGUAUAUUAAUUACAGAUUUCAUUCUUGAUUUAUAUCUACAAUAUCAAUGGUCAAAUUUUACAUUAUUAUCAAAUGAUGAUUUAAUAAAUUAUAUUAAUUUAUCUCCACCAAAACAUGUUUAUUCAACAAUUCGUAAUCAAUGUCAACCUAUUAUGUACAAUAAUCAUGAUCUGAAUACUACUACUACUACUACUAAUACUACUGAUAAUACUACUAACAAUACUACUAAUACUACUACUACUACUACUACUAAUAGUAAUAAUAAUAAUAAUCAUACAUAUCGUAAUUAUAAUUUAUUAAAAUUACUAAAUUAUAGUCAAAUUAUUAAUUUUGAUAAACUUUUAUAUUCAUCCAUAAUUCAAGAGAAAAUUAAAGAUGCUGAAAUCUCAUCUGUAAAUAAAAUCAUUAAUAUGGACCUUGCGAAAUUCAUCCCGUCUGAUUUGGAUAGUUUAACAUCUAUUGCUAGAAAAUUAUCUGUUUAUCUAGACGGUAAAGACUACAAACCUACUAUUCAAGAAAUUAUUCAUUUUAUAUCAAUAAAAUCAAAUUUAUUGAAUUAUUUAAAUGAAAUCAAAAAAUUUAUACAAUUCAAUGGAACCAUGUUUAAUUUAAUCGAUAUUAUUGAUCAGAUCAAUAAUUCAUUAAUUAUGUAUGAUCAAAUUACCAAAUCAAUUAAUCCAUUAGUCAAUUUAUUUGAAAAACUUGAAAUCAAUAAAAAUUUAACACAACGACUUGAUCAAAUAUUGAAUGGAUUGAAUAACUUUAAAAAUAUUUCAUCUGAUCCUCAAAGAUUGACCGAAUCCAUACGUUUAAUAUUUCAUUCAUCUAUUCAAUCUUUAUUAAAUCAUACAAGUACAUUAUUAAAUAAUCAAUUUGAACAAUUAUUUGCUAAUAUUAUACCAUGUAAUAAUAUUAAUAAAAUAUUAAUGAUCAUAUUAAAUCUAUUUUGUAAUAGAACAAAUAGUAAUAUAUUAAGUUUAGGAUGUUUUAUAUUGAUUAUAUCGAUAUCAAAACAUAUUGAUUUAUUGAUUUAUACAAAAUGGGAAAAUAUUCCAUUAUAUAAUUCUGUGAAAUUAUGUUAUAAACUUCUUAAAUAUAAUUAG